GAUAGUGGCGUUACAUACUAAAGCCACAAUAUGGCCGCGAUCCAGUUGCAUAGUAUGUAUGUAUACAUAUCAAUGAUAUCAACGAUUAGUAAUGUCGACUAAAUAACUGCAAGCUCGGUAGAUAAAAACGGACAAAUUUCAGUAUACAAAUAUGUAUUGUAUGUACGUACUUUAACAAGGCGAUGAAAACGAUGCGGUUUUCGCAUAGAUGAAAAGAAAAUAUAAUAGAUAUAUAUUUUUAACAACAUGGUAUACCGAAAAAUUGCAAAUGUAGUAUAUAUUUCUUUUCUAAUAACACGUAUAGGACGCAGAUUUAAAUGGUUGGAUCGAUAAGAAAAUCUGUAAUGUACAAUAUACAUACACGCAUACGUACGUAUGUAUAGAGAAAUUAGUCAUGUUAAUAAAUUAUAUGCAUAUACAUAUGCGUAUAAUACACAGGAAGGAACUAGAACUAUUUUCACUUUUUCUUAAUCGUUUAAUGUUUUUCGACGCGCCCUCUGACCUCUUGCCAUUUCAUACUUGCAAAUUGUAAUCUGUAGUUAAUACAUAAUCUGUAAACCAUAAGUUGCGACAUACGGUAACCCCUACCGACUAGUCAAUUCCCCCUACCUUUGGAGCAAGCUAUGGCAUCCCCUAACCCCGGUCUCCGGACCGGUGUCCCGUGACCCACAGCUACUUGCAGUCUGCAGCUACCAGACCUAUAAUUUCCAGGCAGAGGCUUACACCCUGGCCAGAGCCGGAACCAAGCUGGAGCCGAGGUCGUGGGCAAAGCCAUAGCUCAGCCGGGAUCGGAGGGCGCGCAUGCGUCUUUUUAUUAUUUUCUUGCGACUUUCUCGUUCUCCUAUCGAAUGCCGACAACGUUAAUUCGCACGUCGCGAUGACGAUGACGACAACGACGACGACAACGAAGACAACGACGACGUCGACGAUGACGACAACGACAACGACGAUGACGAUGACGACAACGACAACGACGAUGACAUCGAUGAAGAAGACGAUGAGAACAAGAAGAAGAAAGAGAUUGAAAACGAACACGGUAUCAACGUUAUCGGUUAUCGUGCGAAUAUCACCUUACAUUGUUAUUGCUACUAGCAAAAAUAGAAGACGAAACCAAAGAUGGGAAUGAAGACGAAGACGAGAAGAGGGCUAGAAUUAGGGACAAGGACAAGAUCAGCAGCAGCAACUGUUAGAACAAGAAACGACGACUACUACGUGGACGGCGGUCACGACGAAAAGAAAACAAAGAAACAGAAUCAAAACAAAAACAAAAUGAAUAAGACGAAGAAAGGAAGAAAUAAAGAAAUUUGGAUAAAAGAGAAUAAUCUUAGUGAGACGGUUGUCGAGAUGUGCAAUAUCGGAAGCGAUACGCGGGAAGGAUAGUUUAGAGAAAAGCGAAGGAUUCGAUUAUCGGUAACAGUGUCGAAAUUUAUAUCUGUGUCGGUGGUGAUGCAGUCACGCGUCAAUCGUGGCCGACUGUUCCUUUGGAUUGCUCGCGCGAGGAUCGCGCGGCGCGCGCGUGCUCCGAGCCACCGCGCAUCGCGCAUUACCCUUCUUUCAGUUUCUUCAUGCUUAUAGUGCUUCUAUACGCGGUACACGAUUCCCGUUGUCGUCGGCAACAGUCUAGCAGGUGUAUCCGUGGAAGAAGCAAGUGACUGGAAGAGGAUAAUCGAAAGUUGAGAAAUUUGGCCGGAGCGGAGCGAUUAAACGAGGUGAUUCAAUGAACAUUGAGGAUUAAUACGAAAGUCAUUAUGUUUGCUAAGUCGAAAAGCAGUGGCUCGACACCGAGCGUUAUACUUCCGAAUCCCCUUCAAAAUUUAUACGAAGUCGGCAAACAAUCGGCUACCGCGGGCCCCGAAAACGCUUGGCGCAUAUACGACGGAUACACGAAAACCGAUCGAAAGGAAGUGUCGAUAUUUUUCUUUGACAAAAGAUCGGUCGAUAAGCUGCACAAACCGAAACGAAAGGAGACCGUGACGGAAAUUUUACGGAAUGGCGCACGACAAAUGGAACGAUUCUCUCAUCCAAAGAUACUACAAGCGUUCAAGGUGGAGGAAUGCGCGGAUAGUUUGGCAUUCGCGUCGGAACCAGUGCUGGCUAGUCUUGCCAACGUUUUAGCUUAUCAGGAGCAACAAGCGAAUAAUGUUGGUCAGUCGUCGAGUAACGUAACGAAACAAACUUCCUCGGUCGCUGGUCAUCGUGCAACGUACGCGAAAGAAUACGAGUUGCUCGACAUCGAAAUCAAAUAUGGGUUGUUGCAGAUCACGGAGGCUCUGCUUUUUCUUCACGGAACCUGCAAAGUUCUUCAUAGGAACGUUUGUCCUGCUAGUAUUAUAAUAACCAAAAGAGGUACUUGGAAAUUGUCAGGGCUUGAAUUUAUCGAAAAAGUUAAUGAAGUACCGAUGAUACCAUUGCAACCUUGGACUAACCGCAUGCCGAAAAUGACGCAGCCGAAUCUCGAUUAUAUAGCUCCGGAAGUGCAGCAAAAGAAAGUGGGAGGCUUCUACAGCGAUAUGUACAGCUUUGGUAUGACGAUAUGUGCAAUUUUCAACCAAGGACGCCCGUUGAUUCAAGGAAAUCAUAGUUGUUCCGAGUACCUGAAACAGCUGGAAAACCUGAAAGAACAAGUUGAGGUUAUACUACCUCUAGUUCCUCUUCCGCUUCGAGAAGCCGUUUCCCGACUGUUACACGUAGAUCCAGAAAAGAGGCCGACCAUUCAAGUUUUAUCCAUGAUCAAAUAUUUUCAAGAUCCACCGGUAUACGCGCUUCAGUUUCUCGACGUUAGCAAAAUGAAAGACGUAUUGCAGAAAGAGCAUUUUUAUACGACUACUUUGAAAGGAAUAUUGCCUUAUAUACCAAGGAAACUUUGGUAUCAACAUAUCUGGACGUAUUUGCAAACUGAGUUGGAAAGUCAAGAAGUGCAAUCGGCUGUACUACAACCGGUACUUUACAUCGUACAAAAUAGUACACAAGAAGAGUACGAUCAAAUUGUAUUUCCAUCGUUACGGUCGCUUUUUUCGAAUCGGAAAUCGAUUCAGGGUACGGUAACGCUGUUGGAAAAUUUGCAUUUGAUAUUAAUGAAAACAUCUCGAGAAUAUAUAGAAGGUGAAGUACUUCCAAUGUUAUACACAUCUUUCGAGAACUCAACUACUCAAGUACAGACCGCAGCAUUCGUAGCUGUAUCGAACGUGACCGACUACAUAGACGAUGAGUCCGUUCGAAAUAUCGUACUGCCGAAACUCCUUCAAGCGUUUGAAAAAAAUUUAGUAGAUUCCCGAGUACUUAUGAACGUGAUCCCCUGCAUUUUAAAUCGGUUGGAGAAGCAGAAAAUCAUCGAUUGCAUCUUACCGUUGUUGUUCAAUGUAAAGCUUCAAGAACCGGAGAUAAUCGUUCGGGUUGUACAGAUUUACAGAUUGAUGUUAACCGACAAAAAGUACGGACUUUCUGUCAGCUGGAUGGCGACUCGAGCGAUGCCUUCUUUGCUACCUCAUACUAUCAACCCGGCACUGACUCUCGAACAAUUUGAAUUACUUCUCAAGGUGUUACAAGAUAUGCUGAAUCACAUCGAAAGAAAUCAAAGGAAUCAGUUAACCCUGGACAAUCUGUCGUUGUCGAGCCCGGAACGAUAUCGAAGUUUACGGCAUCAACAUAGUACGGAUAAUAUGUACGUCGCGCCUUUCAACAUACCAAACUUACGGAUCGAGCAACGUAAAACUUCUUCGGCCGAAGACAUGGCUCGGAAAAAUAGCACAAAUUCGAUGUCGUCGACGGUUUCGGCGGAAAACAUGGCGAGAAAGAACUCGAUGAUAACCAUGUUCAGAUGGUUCUCGUCCUCGAACAACGACAACAGUAAUUUCCUGAAAGUGGCGAAUACCUUUACGAGCAGGCGGUUAUCGGACAACACUCUGAUGACACCGAAAAUCCGGGUAGCACCGUCUUGCGAAAGUUCUCCAGGUGUUACACCUGGCGAUGGAUUACCAAUCCGGCGCCAUUCGAGUACCGGCCCUCAAGAUCGACGAGGAUCUAAUAUAAAUUUAUCGCCUCCCUUGGGUGGAGGAAUGCCGAUUACCAGUAGCAGUGUGCCAUACUUGGUUAGUUCAAGCAUGAACAGUAUACGAGGUUCGAGGCGUCCGUCCGUUUCUUCGACAUCUUCUCAGCAAGGGACCGGACUUCUACAGCAGGUUGGCUCCAGCAUGGUAAGACAACAACCCCCCAUCUGCCUCAACCUCAAUGGACUACCACCACCACCACCACCACAACCACAACCACCAACACUUUCUCCAUUACUCCAGCUACCGGGACAGCCUUUCCACUGACCCUUCGUUACAGCUGCAGCUACCAAUUCUUCAACAAACAAUUCGACGCUUGAACCGUGAUCUUCGUAGGAUACCGCGUACCCGUUGUCAUAACGAACAAUUGGUUACUAGUUACUAAUUACUAGUUACUGGUGGUUACCGUCCGCGCAACACGACGCGACGCAGUCAAGGUAAAUAGCAGCAAAUAAGAAUAAUUUGAUAGGGAUUUCAUUGAAGUUGGAGAAGUGGCUUUUGGUUGAUCGAUCUCGCUACAUUAUCCUAUGUAUGUACCUAGUUGUAUCGUACGUACGUCGAAUAACUUUUACUCUUGAGAUGGAUAUACUUGGACCUAAAAUGUAUCGGUCAUCCGUAGAAACGUAGUAGCACAAGGACUUUGAUUUCUUGCAGAAAAUAUCGAUUUAUUCGAGACCUUCUAAAGUGGCCUAAUCCCAUAACAAGUAAAACAUAGUUGUCAAUUUGUCUGUGUAAUCGUUUAAGACAUUCUGAAAAAACACGAACGAAUGUGUUUAAUACGUGGCCUAUCGUUGCACGUAGAGUCGGUGCAGUUGAAAGUAACGCGAGCUUCCGACCAAGUGGCGAGAGUAAAUGCGUUUUAAAAGGCGCUCCAAAAGAGAAAAGCAUUUUUCCAUGCAUGUUCCCGCAAGUACAAUCAAAUUAAAUUACGUAACGCGAUGCGUGAGUCAUUUCGACUAUUCCAAGUCAAUUAUAGAUAAUGCUAUCAAUUUCUUCAUAUUAUGCAUCCGCUUUUUCUCUAAAUUUCACUUCUUUUCUUGCAAACGUAACGCUGAAAGCGAAAAUUUGGCUGCUUUUACUACCUGGAAAAUAAUAACAAGUUAUCUCGUUGUACAUCGUUUCGAGGAAAAUAACUUUAUUUAUUCUCUUAUUACUAGUAAGCAAACUUAUCGUUAUUUGCGUUCGCUUAUAACAGAGGAAAAACGUACGCAAAUAACGUAACAAACGUCGAUGAAAAAUAGGAACACGUUGUAUAGGAUAUAAAUUGCGUGUUGGAAUCUGAUAGAAGCGAUUGAGAGUUGAAAAAUUUAGUUUGUGUAAAAGUGUCGUGCAAAAAUGUCAGAUGUUGCAACUAGGUGUAUUUCGAUGCACAUGUAUACAUAUCAAACAUGCACAGUUGUACGUGUGAUAGCUUAAAUAUCUCCACUUUGGCGACAUUUCCUCUCCUCGAUCGCGUUGAAAGUUUGUUUGUUGAAUUCUCGAUAAAAAGUAUAUUGUUAUAGUAUAUUUUGGAACGUAUGCAGGUGUGUGCGUGUGUUGUGUACGAGACGAUAUGCGUAGAAUCGUGAAAAUGUAAGAGAAUGGAAAAACGGAGAAGAGGAUAAAUAUGUUAACGUUAACGUAAGAGCUAAACGUAAGAGUACUUAGGAACGUAAUAGCAGGCAAAUCGCAGGAGACUGACUGCUUUUCUGGAUAAUGACGCGGCACUAGAAAACAAAGUGUCCUUAAGAUUCGCGCUAAGAACUAGUUUUCGUUCGCUAGAUCACGACCUGCGUGAUCAGAAACGAAUAGUAUUGUUGAGAUAGAACUGCGUGGACAAUCUUGGGCAAUUUUCGGUAAUCUUGGACAAUCUUGGACAAUCUUGCACAAUCGUUGACAAUCAUCAUCGAGAUCGAGAAAUCGCGAAAAGGUUGGUGCCACUUUUAAACCGAAUUCCAUUAAAUUUCAUUGGCCGGAAUGAUGUUUGCGUCCCUGAAAAUCAUCUCUUAAUAAUUAAUUGGCGGAAUUGUAAUUGCGAAAAACAUUUGAACGGUUGUUCAUGUAAUAUCGCUUCGGCCAUCAUCGGUUUAUCGGCGAGAAAGCGAGUCUCAGGAUCUCACGUAUUCCAAGUAUCGCGACUGUAUCGUACAAACAGAAAAUGACAAUCAUAUUCGAUUGCGGAGCUACGCCGAAUAUUGAAAUUUUCCAAUUCUAGAACGUAAAUCUCUUUGACCUGUCGUGUGUAAGUAAGUAAGUACCUGUCGUCGAUCGAUAACGUCGACCGUAUUAUUCUUCCCAUCGAAUGUUUUCCUUCGUCCACUUUGUCGUGUUGUUUGCCCCUUCUUCCAUUUUUCACCUAUAUUCCCUCCUCUUUAUUUCUUCCAUCCUUCUUCCUAAAGUCUAUUCUAUUCCAGCUUGACCGUUCCGAUUUUACACGGUACAACGGCUGUGAACGGUUUAAAAGUUGAAACGAUCAUACUCUCCUUUUCGAUGCAGACGAAAGCGUGACAAUACCGUGGGGUGACUGUGAGACUGAGGAACUGUCGCGAAUGUAUUGCUACUUAUUGUUAGAUACGAUACGAUACGAUACGAUACAAUACGAUAUACCAGUAACGGUUGAGAAGAAACGGAACCUCGUGGUAGGCAUGUAUCGAAGAUCGACUGCAUCGAAAUGUAACGCGAGCAAUUCGCCGUUUAUGAUCAAUUACGAUGUUCCCAUCGACAUUAUUGUUAUCAUUGUAUUCUGUAAUUUUCUAUGUGUAAAUGCGAAUACACGCAACGAGUAACGUGCUCAAUAGAUUUCCUAUCGAGAUUAGGUGUCGAACGCGAUCGAUCAUUCUCCGUGAUAUCUUUCGCAACCGACUUCCUUUCUCGACUAACUUUAGUCCGUUCUUCGAUCGUCCGUUCUCGUUAUUAAGUAUGUAUAUUUCGUGUAUCUCUUUCGAAGGAUGUACCAUAAUAAAAAGGAUGCUACUUGAU